AAAGGGCACAACAAAACCGUUGUUCGUUGUGUUCGCAUGCUCUUCACCCUGCUCCUGCCCACUCUGCUUUUCACCUGCCCCCUGAUAACCCAUUCAGUCCUGAAAGGUCCUUAGUGCCUGGAUUUUGUCAUCCAGCCCUGCAGGAUGCUCCUCUUUGUUCUGAGGAAGGCUGUCCCAGACAGAGAGGAGGAGAUGGAGGUAGAUACAAAGAUUGAUACGGAGGAGGAGAUGGAAAUAGACAGAGAAGACCCUGGAGAGGAAGAGAUGGAUGUGGAUGUGGAGGAGGAAGAAGAGAUGGACGUGUAUGUGGAUGAGGAAGAAGAGAUGGAUGUGGAUAUGGAAGAGUCCAUUGAGGAUAUGGAUAUUGAUUAAAAAGGUGAGGAAGAGGCCAUGAUCUUGGCAUGAAGAGCAAUGCCAGCAGCCGGACAGGCAGAGUGGGUCUCCUGCUGCCAGGCUGGGGCUGGGCUGGGUGCUCCCUGCUCAGGGACAUUGUACCCAGGGCACUGGAUU